ACCGCGUCACUCAGUGCCGCUCCGCGCAGAACUAUUUCGCGAGCGGUUGCGCACCGAAAUGUGAAAAUUACGCUUUUCCAAAGCUACUAGAACACAAAGUUAACAUCAGAUACCUUCUUUAAUAAUUUUUGUGACAGUUUUCAAGAAAUUCGACAUCGGUUUAAGUUUUCCUUUUCCAGACAGGUGCAUCGCUUAGCGCAGUAAUUUCACCAAACAAACUGGGGGUACGGAAGGCAGUAUGAGUAAACUUUGUGUAGUGUGGGAAGCGGGGGACGAGAAAGUUUUUAGUGUGUUCUUCCUGUGGAUUAUAUCAUGAUUUCUGAGGAUUCUACUAUGUUGUGAUGUGGAUUAUACGGAGAAUUCUUCCAUCUAUGUUCAUCGGAAGGAGUAUUCCAUACGAUCUGUGAGCGAUGAGGUCUCACGUGAAGUUUUUGGUCGUAUUUCUCGGAAUACUUUCAUUAGGGACCCUACCCCUAGCCAAAGG